CCCCGCGCCGCUAGAGCGCGCAUUACGGUAAGAGAAGGACCAGCGCCUGGAGCCGCAUCUGCAGCGCAGCCCGAGCAUCCCAUUCAGCCAGGAGCCAUGGCCAAGGAGCGGCCGGAGAAAGCCGAGGAGACCGAGCAGAUGAUAGAGAAGGAAGGCGGGAAGGAGGCGGCCGAGGUGCCGGGAGGAGCCGCCGAUGGCAGGGACAUGAGAGCCGUGCUCCUCUGCGGCUUCGGAGGGCUCAACAAGCUGCGGGUGGCCCGGAAAGUGAUGCCCGAGCCCCAGGAGGGAGAAGUGAAGAUCCGGGUGAAAGCCUGCGGGCUGAACUUCAUUGAUUUGAUGGUUCGACAAGGAAACAUAGAUAAUCCCCCCAAAACGCCACUGGUUCCCGGUUUUGAACUGUCUGGAAUUGUUGAGGCCCUCGGAGGAAAUGUUACUGAUUUUGAGAUAGGUGACAGAGUGAUGGCCUUUGUCAACUACAACGCUUGGGCAGAGGUGGCCUGCACGCCUGCCGAGUUUGUCUACAAGAUCCCUGAGGAUAUGAGCUUCCCAGAAGCAGCCGCUUUCCCCAUGAACUUUGUCACAGCCUACAUGAUGCUUUUCGAAGUGGCCAAUCUGAGAGAAGGCAUGUCCGUGCUGGUGCACUCCGCAGGUGGAGGGGUGGGACAAGCAGUGGCUCAGCUCUGCUCAACGGUUCCCAACGUCACAGUGUUCGGGACCGCUUCUGCCUUCAAACACGAGGCCAUUAAAACCUCUCUUAAUCAUCUUUUCGACAGAAAUUCGGAUUAUGUACAAGAAGUCAAAAAAAUCUCACCAGAAGGCGUAGACAUCGUCCUGGAUUGCCUAUGCGGAGAAAACACUGGAAAAGGCAUUGGUCUCCUGAAACCACUGGGAACAUAUAUUUUAUAUGGUUCAUCCAAUAUGGUUACCGGUGAAACCAAAAGUUUCUUCAGUUUUGCCAAAUCAUGGUGGCAAGUGGAGAAAGUCAACCCCAUCAAAUUAUACGAAGAGAACAAAGUUAUGUCUGGGUUCUCACUGCUAAACCUCCUCUUCAAGCAAGGACGGGCCGGUGUCAUCAGAGGGGCCGUAGACAAGCUGCUGGCCUUGUACAAUCAGAAGAAGAUCAAACCAUUGGUGGAUUCAUUAUGGGCGCUGGAAGAGGUGAAAGAAGCAAUGCAGAGAAUCCAUGACAGAGGUAACAUUGGAAAGUUGAUUUUAGACGUGGAAAAGGCUCCAACCCCGCUGAUGGCCAGCGACAGUACAGAAACCAGUGAGGCCGGAGAGGAAGAGGAAGACCACGAGGGUGACACUGAAAAUAAGGAACGGAUGCCUUUCAUCCAGUGAUGGAGGUUAUGACUGAUUAAAGAUUGGAAGACGGAAAAACUCUCUUCUGUGCGUCAGUGAACAAACUUGCUGUAGUACACUGUGUGUUGUAUUUGUCUGCAGUGAGCCGAGCUACUGUAUAAACCGUCGUGUAUAUUGUGGCAGUAAGUGCCUACUUGGCAGCCUUUAGUAAGUGUAGCAGUGUGUGAAAUAGGCCCGUUAUACACUUUUAACAUGCAGGAAAAAAUAUGAUUACAAUUUAUAUAUGGACCCGUCACCUCUUUGCUACUAGAGAGCUUAGGGCAGCUAUUAAAAUAGAUUUUAAGGCUGCCUCAAAUUCCCAUGCCAGGCCCGUCGACUAAACGCUGCCAAUGAGCCAGACUGCCACCUCAACUCAAGUGCCAACCCGUUCUCAGUAUUACUAUGUUCUGUUGUUGUGCCGUAUACACCACAGCGAGUGAACCGUGAACAUGGACGGGAGUCAGGAAAGUGCCAAGUGGGUUAUCCCCGUGCUUAGAGCCUUAUGUCAUUUUCUCACAGUAGAGAACCAGAUGGUCAUAUCUUCAUCAAGCUCCUUUAAAAAAAAAAAGACAAACCAGAUCGAAAGGUCAAGUAUUUUUUGUCUGUACAUGGUUAAGUGGGGCCACAGUAACCAGAUGAUGUUGAUUUUUGCAGAUUGCCUGGCCGCACCUGUAAGGAGUUGUCCCCUAUCUGGCGUUUCAUGGCCAAGAUAGGAAUAACCGCAAUAAGUGGUGGCCAGGUGUGGAUGGACUUACGGAAACAUCUGAGCAACCGGUACUCCGCUGUUUCCCGUAACACCAAUAACAGCGAAUGGCAGUCAUGGAAACAGCGUAGUUUGCUAUGCCGGAUUGUGGUUCCAUGUAUUCUCCAUGCCCAACCCCCUGUAGCAUUAGUAAUGUCUAAUAGUUUUUAAAUCUAAGAAAUCAACCUUAAUGUCAAGUGAUUGUCUCCAAUAGAAGCUCCAAAUGUCAUUUUUUUUUCUCCUCGACCUUUGGGGCCCACUAUUGAACCAGAACCUUGGACCACCGGAGGAGCCUAUGGUGAGACAAUCAGACUGGCUGUUUAUGUGGCUCCCAUUCACCGCUAUGGAAAUAGCAGACCAUCAGCCCCUCAGCCAUUUCCAUAACUCCACCUCCCUUGGCCGACGCUUAUAAUGGUGAUUUCCAUCUUGGCCAUGAUAGGCCGAGAUAGGACAACCCCUUUAAAGCUCGACAAGUACAGGUACAGCCAACAAUUAGGGUUAAUCCAUAUUGGGUUACCACGGUCCAGCAGCCCCAUGUACAGGACACCUGCAGCCACUUUUAUAGUCAUUUCUAAUUUUUCCUGUGCAAAAAUACCUCAACCUUGUUUGCCAAUAGCAACCUAAAGCUUUAGCAGCGCGCUCGGCUGUUUUCGGAAGUCCAAUUGAAAGAGAUGGAAGCGUGGCCACCGCUCUCUUCACUUCAACGGGCUGACGGAAAUAGCCAAGCCAGCACUCAGCUAUUUUCUGCGCUCCCAAAGGAAUGAAUUCAGGGCGGCCGCGCAUGUGUGGUGCACCCUCUGGGAGUUUGCCAGCUUCUUUCUAAAGGGCCCUUUACACAGGCUGAGAAUCGCACAGAUUAUCACUAACGAGGAUUCAUAGUAGCGCUCAUUGGCGAUGAUCGGGCAGUGUAACCGCCAAUUACCCGAUGAACAAGCGAAACGCUCGUAAUCUGAUCCUUUGUGCGCAUGUUUACCAGCAGCAGAUCGAGCCAUGUAAACACGAUCUCCUGCCGGCAAACAAUGAGUCGUUAUGGGGAAUUAGCGAUCACUCCUCCCCAUACAUGCAGCGAUCUCUUCUGCUAGCGAUCAGCAG